CUCGACCACCUAAUCAGCCUCGACGGCCUGCUUCUUUGGUCGCUGACGAAUCUCUGCCUUCGUGUUGAUAUUUCUGAACAGAGUGUCGAUACAAGCCGCUUCGACACGACCCUUGUUUUGAAGGAGGCACGAGCGAUGAACGAUAUCGACGAGAUUGACCUCUACGAGGUCCUUGGCAUCACUAGCGGCGCCAGCAAAGCAGAGAUCAAGAAGGCGUAUCACAAGGCGGCACUCUCACACCACCCCGACAAAGUAGCAGAAGGCGAGCGCGUCGAAGCCGAAGUCCGCUUCAAAGCCGCAAAGCAAGCCUACGAAAUCCUCUACGAUGACGACAAACGCCACCUGUACGACACGCAUGGCAUGUCUGCCUUCGACCCCAGCAGAGGUGGUGGAAUGGGUGGUGAGCCUGACAUCGACGAUAUCUUCGCUCAGAUGUUCGGCGGUAUGAAUUUUGGCGGUGUGCCUGGCAUGGGCGGAAUGCCUGGCGGGCCUGGAGGCCCAGGAGCAAGAAACGUGCCCAGGAAGGGGCGGAACGUUGAGCAAGAGUACGAGGUGACGUUGGAAGAACUGUACAAAGGGAAGACGACCAAGUUCUCGAGUACAAAGAAUGUUGUUUGUCAGACGUGCAAGGGGAGUGGUGGGAAACAAGGCACGAAACCACAUGAUUGUAGUGUUUGCCACGGAAGAGGCGCAAAAACGGUCCUCCGGCAGGUCGGCCCCGGCCUCGUCACCCAAGAAACAGUCGUCUGCAGCACAUGUUCUGGCUCCGGCUCCCUCUUCAAAGACAAGGAGCGUUGCAAAAAGUGCAAAGGAAAGAAAGUUACGGAGGCCAAGAACGUCCUAGAACUCUAUAUCCCCCGCGGUGCACGCCAAGGCGAUCGCAUCGUGCUCCCUGGCGAAGCAGAUCAACUACCAGACCAGGAGCCCGGCGACAUAAUCUUCGGGCUUGUUGAGACGCCCCACGAUGUCUUCGAUCGAGCAGGCGCCGACUUGAAAGCAGACCUGAAUAUCAGCCUCGUGGAGGCUUUGACUGGGUUCAACAGAGUGGUGUUAACGCACUUAGACGGACGAGGAAUCCACCUCCACGUCAAGCAGCCCGAAGGCAAAAUUCUGCGGCCAGGCGACGUGCUCAAAGUCCCUGGCGAAGGCAUGCCAAUGAAAAAAUCCGACGCAAAAGGCGAUCUCUACCUCCUCGUCGAGAUCGAAUUUCCUGAGGACGGUUGGAUCAAGAGUGACGUCGUGGCUCAGAAGCUCCGAGACGCCUUACCUCCCCCUUCAACACCAGACCCCCACCGCCCCGAGGAAACCGAUGAAGUGGAAUUCGAGUUCGAUGCCAAUAUAGAUGACUUUGGCGCUGGCAGCGGCGAUCCUCGCGCAGGCGCCGAGUGGGAAGAUGAUGACGACGAUGAAGAAGGCGGGCCCCAGUGUGCUACGCAGUAAUGUGGCUCCGCGCUAUGGCUGUGGCGUAGUGGAUAUGGAGUCACGAAAAGAUCGCUAUAAGAUCUGCUCUGCAUGCAUGGGCGUUGGUGGACGCUUGUUAAUUGAAUAGAGUGCUUAGGGUUUAUAUGGAUGGUUAACUGGUAGAUAUCUCG